AUGUCAAAAUUAAAAAUUGAAAGGAUUGAUCUAAGCGAAAAUAUCUUUGAAAGUAUUGAUUUUGAUAUUGGUCAUUUAAAAUGUCUGAAAUAUCUCAACUUGAAAAAUAAUCGCAUUUCGUAUUUAUCUGCUUCGGCAAUACUACAACUAGUUUCUAUUGGUAAUUUAAACCACAAUUUCAAAAUCGAUCUUAGUCAGAAUGAUUUUCUGUGUACUUGUGAAACAAUUAACUUUGUACAAUGGUUAGGAUCGACAACUGUAAAGCUUAUAGGAAAGAAGAACUACACAUGUCAACUUUCAGAUUUAACAUUCGUGUCGAUAGAAAAUAUUGAUGAAUUUUACGAUACACUGUCGAAAGACUGCUUGUCAAAAAUUCCUAUAAUUGUUGCACUUGUAGCGUCAGUGUCGUCUGUUUUGAUAAUCAUAUGUAGUGGAUUAAUCUAUCGAUAUCGAUGGAAAUUGCGAUAUGCGUAUUACAUGAUAAAAAUACGAUCUCAUAAAAAGAUGGUUCUAGUUGAAAACGAUGAUGAUAAAUCGUAUAUGUAUGGAGCCUUUGUAUCUUAUGCAGAUGAGGAUGGCACAUUCGUUCACAAACAAUUACAAACAAAACUGGAAAAAGAACAUGGAAUCAUUUUGUGUUUACAUAAAAGGAAUUUUCUGCCUGGUAAUGACAUCGCCACUAACAUUACUUCCGCUAUACAUAAUAGUCGCAAAACAAUAAUAAUCAUGUCUCGAAAUUUUCUGAAGUCGUAUUGGUGCAUGUUUGAAUAUAAUAUGGCUAGAAUGGAGAGCAUCUACGAAAGAAGUCACGAAAACGUGCUUUUUCUUGUUUUCAUAGAUCAGAUGAAAUCUAAAGAACUGCCAUUGCACAUCUUAGAGCUGGUACAAUCACAAUCGUAUAUUGAAUAUCCUAACGAUGAAUAUGGUGAUACUGUUUUCUGGGACCAGAUUACACAAGUACUUAGUUCCUGACUCUUUAAAUACUUUAAAAUUUGUUAAUUGCAUACAAAAACAAUUAUUUACUAUAGGUUGCACUUUGUAAAUACAGCUGUUUCCGAAAACACGCCUCUUUUGGGGAGAAAUUGAAUAUUCAUAGAAAAUUAAUUGUGUUUACAUACUGGUUCCCAGUUAUGCUCUCUGUGUGCCAUAUCGCAAAGACAGAUCUUGGGAAUGUUACAAGUAAAUAAACACGUGCAUAUUGUUAACAUUGAAAUCUGUGGUAACAUUUCAUUCGAGGUAAGGGUAGUUAAGAAAAUUAGUGUAAGUUUAAACUCUGAGAAGUUCAUGGCAUAUAAACGUUGAACAUAUGCCGCACAGCCCUAUAUUUUGACCUUUGAAAAAAUUGUGGUGCAAAUAAACUUUCAAUUCUAGGAUAAGAUUUUUUUUUAAACUUCAUAG